UAUUGAACAAUUGCUUUGAACGCACGUUUAUAAAGUUUAUUAUAAUACGUACAUUACGUUUCCAAUAACAGUGACAUCUUAAAAGUGUGAAAAUGAUGAAAAAGACGUUAUUUUUAUUCCUUUUGGUUCUUAUAAUGAUCAUGGAUAUAAAUGCCGCCAGAAGGAGCAUGUCUCGUAGUCGCAGUUCGGGGUCUAGUCGUAGUGUAGGCCGAAGAACUCAUUCGAAUCCUCCACCCGUGCCUACAUCUAUAAGCCAUUCACAGCAAGCGUCAAAACCAUCUUUAUUCGGUUGGCAAGAAAAAUCAGCUCAAAAAACUCAGACGUCAUCAAAUUCAAAACCAAAUAAUCAAGGUCAUUCAUAUCCCUCAAGUAAUACUGGCCUUUCUGGGAAUAAUCAGCAAAAAUCAUCAUUACCUCAACAAGAAACCAUGCAAAGGAGUAACAUACCUUCACAACAAUCUGUACAAAAUGUCCAAAAUAGUCAAUCCAGUCACUCUUAUCCAGGAUCUAAUGGCCUAUCAGGAAAUUCUGCUUCAGGUGUCGGGUACCCACAAGGAACAGGUUUGUCAGGCGCAAACGUCGCUCCAUCUCCCUACCAAGGAGUAAACUCACCCAGUAAUAUUAGACCCAAUGCAUAUCCUACGAAUACUAUGAACAACAAUAACCAGCCUCCACAUGGACCUCCACCUCCAUAUUCAAGUUCAGGGAAUAAUUUCUACCAUCAUCCCCAAGGACCUCCUCCACCGUAUACAAAUUAUGGACAUGGUUAUGGUGGCUAUGGAGGAACGUUUAGUCCUCAAUCACCAGGUUAUUUUGGUGGUUAUACUAAUAAUGCUAAAAAUUUUGGAAGUGUAAGCAGAACAGGAAGUGCUUUAACUGGAGUAGGUAUUGCUGGUGCAGGGAUUGGGACUGUAUUAACAGGUUUAGCAUUGUGGAAUUUAGCUAGAUCAACUGGACGUCAUCAUCACACAGUCAUUUAUGAUAAUCGAGGUCAACCGAUUGCUGUUGCUCCAGAAAAUAGUACAGCACCUGUAGUAGAUUCUAUUUUAGCAGAUUUAGUUAACUGUACCCUUUCUAUAAACAAUGAUAAUACUACCGAAGUAAUUGCAAUACCUUGUUCUAUCGCAACAUCAUUUACACCAGAUGCUGAUUUGAAAAAUGUGAGUAUGGAGAAUAUACAAGAAGAUAAUACAAAAUGUACUGUAACCGUUGUGACGAAAGCGGGGAGAGAAUUUGUGACAACUAUACCGUGCUCCAUCCUACUUAAGUCGGCGGCAGAGAAUAAUGUUACAGAAACACCAAUUAUUAUUAACGCAACGAUCACAGAUAAUUCUACCAUACUGCCUACUGAUGAUAAACUUAAUUCAGGCCAGCCUACUGCUUUAAAACUUGCUGAUUUUCCAGAAAAUAUAGACAAAUUCGAUGCUUCGUUUAAUUGUACUCAAGAAGCAGGAGAUUCAAGGGACCCUAUUAAUCCUUGUUUUAGUGUAAAGAAUAAUCUUACAGUUAUUCCUUUAUCAAUGGAACAACAAUAAUAUUAUUUAUUUUCUCCAUGCUAACACAAAUAACUGAAAAUGUUGAAAUUAAAUGUUGCUAAUCAUUGUUAUGUUGCAUUACGAUUAUGUUAAAAUAAAAAAUAAAUUUUAUUUUUUAUGCAAA